ACGAGCGCUUCGACAACUGGUUCGAGGCGGGCAUGGACUGUGUGAGAGCCGAGUACGGCCUGAACCCUGACCAGACCAUCAGUGUUCUCAACGCCGGCACCAGGACCUUUAAGCUGUUCGGACGUACUAUCUUCAGCCGGCCGGCCUCCAUCAACGGUGACGCUACCACACCGGACCCUGCUUCCCCCGCCGAGCUCAAAGUGUCCUUCUCACAAAUUGACGGUAUUGGUGGCAAUGAGCCCAACUACUACAUCGUGGAGACGGACUACGACAACUACGCGGUUGUCUUCUCUUGUUUCGACCUACCUGGACUGCCUGUGAAUAUCCAGUUUGCGUGGAUCCUGACCAGAGACAGAGGGGUAGCCCCUGCUAACCUGAACGCCAUCAAAAGCAACCUCCAAGCUGCUGGCGUCAGAACGAGAUACUUCAAAUCUGUGAACCAAGCUGACUGUCCUGUAGUAUAAAUCUCAUGUUCGUCCUUUUGUCUCAAACCGAAUCCAUUUGAGACCAAUAUUGUCCAACUAAUGUGUGCUGCCUAUCCACUUUUUACACUCUCCUCUAGGAAGCGAAGUACAAAAUGUAUUGACUGUUAGUUAUAUGUAUUCAUAAGAUAAGCUUCUCAUGUUGUUUUUAUUUUUUCAACACAUAUUUAAUGUUUUUCUCGUUAGUUUGGGUACUGACAAUAUCGUGGCAGAAAUCUGGAAUGAUAUGACUAUUACAUGUUCAGAUUUUGUAGUGACUUUUCUUUCUUGUCAAGAGCUCUGUGAUAAAUACAUGUAUGACAUGAACAUAUAUAUCUGACAGAGCGAAGCAAACCAAAGAGUGUGAAAGUGAAAGAGGGAUUGGAAGAGAGAGAGAGAGAGAGAGAGAGAGAGAGAGAGAGAGAGAGAGAGAGAGAACAUUUUUGACACGAACAGACAGCAUGAUCUGUACUUCUACUUUUUAUAACAAACGUAAUAAACUUGCUUUACAAAAGUA